AUGUCCUAUUCGUCGUCGCCGCAGGUCAAACCGGCCCCCAACUCGAAAAUGGAUGCUGGUCUCGACUUGGAGUCGGGCUAUGGCUCGGCAUCGUCGUCGGUAGAUGGGUCCACGAGCGUCCUGCCGUUGAUCACCCUCACCAAGCCUCACCUUGACUUCCUCAACCAGCAGCUGGAGCGGUUGCCGGCCAUCGACAGACUCCGUACCGUAAAGGUCCUGUUCCCCAACCUGUUUCAAUCGACUGCUUUCGGUCUGAGCGGACUGGUUACCAUCGACAUGUUGUCCAAGAUUCAAACCGAAGACCCGGAGUCGCCGGCAAUUGACCUCAUCUUCUUGGACACCCUAUACCACUUCCAGGAGACCCUCGACCUGGUGGAGCGAGUCAAGGCCAGAUACCCUAACAUCAAACUGCACACCUUCCGACCCAACGGCGUCAACACCGUCGCCGAGUUCGAGGAGCAAUACGGAGAGAACCUGUAUGACACAGCAUCUGAGCUAUACGACUGGAUUGCCAAGGUCGAGCCGCAGCAGCGUGCCUACUCAGAGCUCCACGUCGCAGCCAUGCUGACGGGCCGUCGGAGAUCGCAAGGAGGCCAGCGAGACAAGAUCCCUGUUCUCGAGGUUGAGGAGGAUACCGGAAUCAUCAAGAUCAACCCCUUGGUCGACUGGUCCUUCAAGCAAGUGAAGGAAUACAUCGACGAGCACAACGUCCCCUACAACAUCCUGCUCGACCAGGGGUACAAGUCGGUCGGCGAUUGGCACUCGACCAGCCCCGUCGGCGAGGGCGAGGACGAGCGCGCGGGCCGUUGGAAGGGCCAGGCCAAGACCGAGUGCGGCAUCCACAACAAGAAGUCGCGCUACGCCAUGUUCCUCGAGGAGCAGCAGCGCAAGGAGAAGGCAGAGCAAGAUCGCCAGGAGCAGGAGAAGCUGGCCGCAGCUCUGGAGAAGGUCGAGCUCGAGCAGCAAAAGCUUCAAACGCCCGUGGAGGCAUCUGCAUAG